UCUGCUUGUGCUGUAUGCUAGAUCAGUUCAGGUGAUCCUGCUUCCUCUGAAUCGUACUACUCGCGUUUUUUCCUUGGGAAAAGCUUGAUUAAAAGUGCACAACGAGGUUUUGUGCUGCCAUUCGCGGGUAAUCUCAAAAUAAUCUUGUAAUCCCAGUUCCCUAAACAAGGGCACAAAACUGGGACAUUUAGAACUUCGGUUGCAGCGUACUAUUGGGCAACAACAGACAAAAAGGCCUGUUCUGUGGAAAACAGGGACCUGGGAUUCAGAGGCACUGACGCAUCGAAAGCAAAUUGUAAGGCGGACUGUAUCUCCAUCCUUUCUUUACUGGCACACCGGAGAGACGGAGGAAAACCAAAGUGGCAAUUGUCCAGCGAGAUCUCAUGAGCCAACAGUUGCGACCAUCCGACUUUGCUUGAAUUCUGCAUCUUUAUUUGACUUAUAAAGUUACCAAGGCGAAACCUACAUCUGUUUUUGAUUACAGGGGCUUUGUGACGAUUCGAGCCCAUAGAAGAGAGCGCGCGCGCGAGAGAGAGAGAGAGAGUCGUGCUGGAGUCGCUGAAAAGGCGCUUCGAAGUGUAUGGCUUUGUGACAAAUUCUGUUGAACUUGGUAUAUUAUUCUGAAGUGCUCGCACCUGUUCACGGGAUUUUCAGUGCACGGCUUCCACCAUGGCAAUCCAGGCCAAUUCAUGGAUACUCUUGGUGGUUUUAAUGAACACCCCAGUGGGGAAUGGGCAAUCUGUGCAGAUGGACACGGAGGUAUCUGGCUUUGUGGGUUCUACAGUGGAGCUAAGCUGCCUCUUCAUCAACAGCAAGACCCCAGUGAAGAUCUCACAGGUUACUUGGCAGAAGUCCUUCAAUGGCACUAAGCAGAAUGUGGCCACUGCCAACCCAGCGCUAGGUGUCUCUGUGCUGCCUGCUUUUAAAGACCGUGUUACCUUCAAGCACCUGGCCACACCACAGGCAAAUCCCUCGCUUGAAGACACCACAAUUGUUUUCAGCAACCUGCGCCUUUCAGAUGAGGCUGCCUACAUCUGCGAGUAUACCACCUUCCCAGCAGGCAACAGGGAAAACAUGGUCAACCUCACUGUCUAUGCACAUCCAAUGACGUAUAUGACCCUCAAAACACCCAUCAUCGCACGGGCCCAGAACAACAAGGUGCCAGUUGCCACAUGUCUGUCAGCAAAUGGAAAGCCACCUAGUGUGAUUAAGUGGGAUACAAAGCUAAAGGGCCAAGCCAUGUUCCAGGAGACACGCAACCCCAAUGGCACAGUCACUAUACGCAGCAACUAUGUGAUUGUGCCAAGUCGUGAGAGUCACCGCCAGAAACUCACAUGCAUUGUCACCUACAAUACUGAGCACUUCAGCGACAGUGGCAUCCUCAAUGUUCAAUAUGAGCCUGAGGUAAAGAUUGAAGGUUUUGAUGGGAACUGGUACCUGAAUCGCCAGGAUGUGAAACUCACUUGCGAUGCAGAUGCAAAUCCAGCGGUCACUUCCUACCAUUGGAAAAUAUUAAAUGGUUCACUGCCCCAAAAUGUGGAAAUCAGAAACAACACUCUGCUCUUCAGGGGGCCUGUCACAAAAGACUUCAGUGGCACAUACAUAUGUGAUGCCACCAACAGCAUCGGUACUCGCUCUGGCCUAGUAGAGGUCAAUGUGACAGAAUUCCCCAACAGUAUCAUUCGAGGCAAUGAUGACAAUGACCAGACGCAACCCAGUUCCAGUGCUGCAAUAUUGGGUGGCAUGGGUGGCCUGUUUGUACUGAUCAUUGGUAUUGCAUUGCUCAUCUACUUCCUGAGGCGUCGGCAGCGCACCUUCAAGGGUGACUACAGCACCAAGAAGCAUGUUUUUGGUAAUGGCUACAGUAAGGCGGGCUCUGUACCUGCACAUCCCACUGUGCCCAAGAACCUGCAGUACCCAGAUGACUCAGAUGAUGAGAAGAAGGCCUCUCAGACUGGGGGGCCAGGAGCCUUCGAGGGCACAGAACAUGAUUUCGAUGGUAACUCUGAAGACCUAAAGAGACCAUAUUUCACUGUGGACGAAGGUGAGAGCCAUGAUUAUGAUGAACGGACUCUAGCUUUUCAGUACGAGCCUGAGUCUGAGAUUGCAGAUGACAUGGUAUCCCAAACUGAUGGCUCUGUCAUUUCAAAGAAAGAGUGGUAUGUGUAGUGUAGCAUCAAAAAAAUUAGGUCAACAUUAGUCUGCUCCUAACUGCAUUUUACCACGUCCCUUCAUCUCCAUCACUAGAAGCCUUCUGUCCAUCUACCCAUCCUGGUCUUCAGCCCAUCCCGCUCUCCUUCAAGCCAGCAACCUCUGCCCCCAUCAAAACACAUUUAAUUGAACAUAAACAUGAAAAAAUAUACUUGCAGCAUUGACAAAUCAACGUAAUAUUUCCACACUCUAAUAGUUUAAUCUGGUACAGCAGUGAAAAGAGGUGUGAUCUUUCACUCAUGCCAAGCGCUACUGGCUUCUAAAGCUGUACAGGCCAGUUGCUUGAAUAUUUUAGGGUGCAUUAUUAAUAAUAUAGUUUAUCUCAUUUUGUUGAUGUUACGAUCAGUGUAUUAAAUGUAUUAAAAAGAGACUUUGUAAUGAAUGAGUUCUGACCCACCUUGUGAAAGUCCUACACUGGAUGUAUUAUAUUCUUAAAAUUUGUUUUAAUCUCAGUACCUUUGUCUUUUUAUAUAUGAUUUUUUUUGUAAUGUCUUCCCUGUUUAUGGGGUGUUGGUUUUCUGAAAUUGGUGAUGUUAUGUCUAAAUGGAUAGUUAUGAGGCAUGUGGUCAGUUGUUUCAGACUGAUAUUAAAUGAUGUUUUAUCUGAAGGAAGAAAGCACACAGUUCCUAAUUUUCCAAAGAAAUGUAUGACAGUUUAAAUUCUCAGCCUUGGUUGUGGGUAGCUUUGCUUGGAAUUAAAACCUCUGCCUUACUUAGGCAGAUAGGCACAGAUAGAUAGAUAGAUAUAUAUAAUGGUGAUUAUCUGGCUUCUCACCUCAUGCCUCACGAGAGUGCUAUUACAUGUGAUUUCAUUCUUAUUUCUCCCAUUACUUAUCUCUGUUGACAUUACUGGCUGUGAAAGUAUUAUAAUACUUUGACAAUGUACAUUUCACUAUGGUAUACUAGAAGAUAUCAAUGUAUAUGAAAUGGACUUUUAAUGGGGUAUCAGGUUUUGUCUUUUUUUUUUUUUUUUGGUGGUUCUGUGGUGACAUGGGGUAAUCAAUUUUGAGAUGGAACAUGUUUGGCACUGUACAUAUUAAAAUAGGGCUUAAUAUGUUGUGGUAA